GAUCGGCGUUGACCGGAGCUGCCCCCGCACUUGGGGCACAUGCCCGCCCGCCCGUGCCUGCGCCUGGAAGAUGACCAGGCUGCUGCUGGGGGUGACGCUGGAACGCGUGUGCAAGGCCGUGCUGCUGCUGUGCUUGCUGCACUUUGCCGUCACCGGGGUGCUCUACUUCGACGUCUAUGCCCGCCACCUCGACUUCUUCAGCCGCUUCAAUAGCCCCUCGCCCAGCCUCCGGCCCGACGCCAACCACACCGCCACCCUGCCACCCCUGCUGCCCUGCCAAGACGUGCCGCCUGGCUUAGUGGGGCGUCUCCUCAUCGAGUUCAGCUCGCCCAUGAGCAUGGAGCGGGUGCAGCGGGAGACCCCCGAGGUGCGGGCAGGCGGGCGGUACGUGCCCCCCGACUGCCAGCCCCGCCAGAGGGUGGCCGUGCUGGUCCCCUUCCGGCACCGCGAGCACCACCUCAAGUACUGGCUGCACUACCUGCACCCCAUCCUGCGCCGCCAGAAGGUCGCCUACGGCAUCUACAUCGUCAACCAGUACGGUGAGGACACGUUCAACCGGGCCAAGCUGCUGAAUGCCGGGUUCCUGGAGGCGCUGCGGGACGACCCCGAGUACGACUGCUUCAUCUUCAGCGACGUGGACCUGGUGCCCAUGGACGACCGCAACCUGUACCGCUGCUACGAGCAGCCCCGGCACUUCGCCAUCGCCAUGGACAAGUUCGGCUGCCGGAGGCUGCCCUACGCCGGCUACUUCGGGGGCGUCUCCGGCCUCAGCAAGUCCCAGUUCCUGAAGAUCAACGGCUUCCCCAACGAGUACUGGGGCUGGGGCGGUGAAGACGACGACAUCUUCAACCGGAUCUCGCUGAAUGGCAUGAAAGUGUCGCGGCCCGACGUGCGCAUCGGGCGCUACCGCAUGAUCAAGCACGAGCGCGACCGGCACAACGAGCCCAACCCCCAGAGGUUCACCAAGAUCCAGAACACGAAGCUGACGAUGCGCCGGGACGGCAUCAGCUCGCUGCAGUACCGGCUGGUGGAGGUGUCGCGCCACCCGCUCUACACCAACGUCACGGUGGACAUUGGCAAGCCGCCCCCGCGCCCGGCCCGUGGAUAGCGUCGCUGGAGCCCAGGCAUCGCGCCCGC